ACUUUUAAACCGUUCAGCAUGCAGUCUAACACUAAAUACCCUAUACUAAGCCUGAAGAGAUUACGUGAGCGUAAUCUACAAUUGACCUGCCAUUACACUACGUUUUACAGAAGGUAUAAACGUAAUUAUGCGCAGAUAAUGGCCGAGAUAAAUGCAGCGUCGACAUCAACGGAGGCUGUUUCACAUGCUGUCUUUCCUGUUGAAGUCGAGCCCUCUUCAGUGAACACUGAUAGUAUGAAUAAUGAAAUCGAGGUGGUGCCAUCGACACCGUGCACCAGCGUAACACCAUGCGCUAGUACUUCGGAAAUAUGCACACAAGUCUCUUCUGAACGUGAUGAAUUGACAAAUAUGCUUCUGCUUAGACAGUUGUGUCAAUCGUCGGCAUUCCUGCAUUCAAUUGCCAAGCGGACUAAUAAGACAAAAGAAAAGAAGAAUUAUGCUGUUUUACGGAAAGCUGGGUCCAAAGAAUUAUUCAUAGCUGCCAAAAGUUGGAUGCUAUCCGAAGACCUGUGCUUGUAUCACAGCAGUAUAACAGAUAAUGAAGUUGAGGCUUGCGUAAGACCUCGACCGGAAUGGGUGCUAACGGAUUGUGAAAUGUUAGCUGAACUAGACUCUUUCGUAGAAGCCAAGAAUACAUUGCAGGCUACUAAACGAAUAUACAGUGUACUCUCCAAUUCAGAUAAUAUGGAGGAAACAUUACCUCUUACCAAUUCCAAACGUCCAAGAGUUGAGACGAAGAACUCGUCUUACGCUUACGACUCAAUGGAACUUGAAGCAGUGGAGGCACAGAAAGUUUGUUUGCCUUCAAAAUACCCGACAACAAAUUUCAUGGCAACUGUUAUGUCACCGAUAGCCAGCACUUCCACUCAACAAAUGCCAGUGGCAACUUCUUCACCUAUAGCGCAACUAGUUCAGCAGACUACUAAGGAAAACUGUGAAUUAGAUAAUAAAGUAGCCAAUGAGUUGCAGUCAAUUAGAGGGAAAUGCAGUCCCUUAAAGGAGAAAUGCAUUCUUUUAAAGGAGAAAUGAAAGCAGAACUUCAGUCGCUGAAAACAUUGAUGGCGCAAUUGUUGUCAGUGAAUAAGUCAACGUGUGUGGCCGCCGUUGGAAGUGGGAAAUCAACCAUUGACAAUAGUCAACUGCAAUUCCCCGUAACUACUGAAGAAGAAUUCACCCAACUAGAGGCGUCACUUAAAAAUCCCAAAUUUAAAGAAUCAUUCGUAAGUUCACAAUAAACCUUUACUUAAUUUCAGAUGAUGAAAAUGGUGGAAAAAUUAUCUUUCAAUCCGGAGUCUUCGUUGAGAGCGAUGCUAAAUUAUGUUAUGGAUCCUAAGCUGUCAAGUCGUUUUACAGCAUUUGGAACUCCAAAGAAAUUGGCUCUCACGAAAUGCACCUUUUAUGCAGUUAUAACGUGUAAGCUUGUUUUAUGUAAUUAUUUCUUUUAGCCGUCAUUGUCAGCAAGUUCGUUUCGGCUACAGUUUCUGAUGACGACGUUAAGAAAAUUCUAAAAAAUACUGUAAAGGCCUACUUCCAUGAUAUACGUGAUCGCAUAGACAAAAGGGAUAGCCGGCGAAGAGUAAGUAAACGUUUUCGGUUGAAUUAAUGCUACUAUAGUAGCAUUGUAGUGUAUAUACACUGCAAACCCUUUCAUGUUAUAAAUACAAAUUAACUAAAUUGUUUUUUUAUUUUUUAAAGGUUGCAGUUGACAAUAAGAAAAGUGAUCAGAGGAUCUCUCCUGUAAGUUACCAUUUAAAUAAGUACAUGCUGUAGAAAUUAAUGAAACUUAAGGUCUUUAAGUGUGAGUAUUUCUAUUAUAUAGACAAAUAAUUUUAAUUAUACUCAUUAACGAAAUAAAAUUUAAAACCUAAAUGAAGACGUUUAGUAUUUCAUUAUUACAGUGUCAGCUGUCUGUAUAAGUGCCAGUGUGGAUUACUAUCUUAAUGAUUAAUUUUUCCUUCUUUUCAGGACACUUCAAUGGAUCUACUUGACGAUGGGGACAAUUAGAACAAGUGCAAUGAGAUAUUGAAUAAAAAGGCUGUCAUUCCAAUUGUGUGUAUUCAUCGCAACUGAAACUGUUCAUUAAUCCUAAAGAAUUAAUUUACCGAAAUCUUGUAAACUGUUUUCCUUUAACUCCAACAAUUCAAAUGUAAUUU